CUCGGCUCAGCUCUCUUUUCCGGUCGGCGUGGUUUGUGAGGGGAGCGUCUGCUGUUCCUGGGCCUUCACCAUGAGCGUCCCGGCCUUCAUCGACAUCAGUGAGGAAGACCAGGCUGCUGAGCUUCGUGCUUAUCUGAAAUCUAAAGGAGCUGAGAUCUCAGAAGAGAACUCAGAAGGUGGACUUCAUGUGGACUUAGCUCAAAUUAUUGAAGCCUGUGAUGUGUGUCUGAAGGAAGAUGACAAAGAUGUGGAAAGUGUGAUGAACAGUGUGGUAUCCCUCCUCCUGAUCCUGGAACCAGACAAGCAAGAAGCUUUGAUUGAAAGCUUAUGUGAAAAGUUGGUCAAAUUCCGGGAAGGUGAACGGCCAUCUCUGAGACUGCAGUUGUUAAGCAACCUUUUCCAUGGGAUGGAUAAGAGUACUCCAGUAAGAUAUACAGUGUAUUGCAGCCUCAUUAAAGUGGCAGCAUCUUGUGGGGCCAUCCAAUACAUUCCCACUGAGCUGGAUCAAGUUAGAAAAUGGAUUUCUGACUGGAAUCUCACCACUGAAAAAAAACACACCCUUUUAAGACUACUUUAUGAAGCACUUGUGGAUUGUAAGAAAAGUGAUGCUGCUUCAAAAGUCAUGGUGGAAUUGCUCGGAAGUUACACAGAGGACAAUGCUUCCCAGGCUCGAGUUGAUGCCCACAGGUGUAUUGUACGAGCAUUGAAAGAUCCAAAUGCAUUUCUUUUUGACCAUCUUCUUACUUUAAAACCAGUCAAGUUUUUGGAAGGCGAGCUUAUUCAUGAUCUUUUAACCAUUUUUGUGAGUGCUAAAUUGGCAUCAUAUGUCAAGUUUUAUCAGAAUAAUAAAGACUUCAUUGAUUCACUUGGCCUAUUACAUGAACAGAAUAUGGCAAAAAUGAGACUACUUACUUUUAUGGGAAUGGCAGUGGAAAAUAAAGAAAUUUCUUUUGAUACAAUGCAGCAAGAACUUCAGAUUGGAGCUGAUGAUGUUGAAGCAUUUGUUAUUGACGCGGUAAGAACUAAAAUGGUCUACUGCAAAAUUGAUCAGACCCAGAGAAAAGUAGUUGUCAGUCAUAGCACACAUCGGACAUUUGGAAAACAGCAGUGGCAACAACUGUAUGACACACUUAAUGCCUGGAAACAAAACUUGAACAAAGUGAAAAACAGCCUUUUGAGCCUUUCUGAUACCUGAAUUUUUAUGCUUAUAAUUUUGUUCUUUGUGGUUGGGGGGGGGGGACCUAAAUCAUAGUAGAACAGUGUAAACUAAACUAAAAUUUGACUAGUCUGUACAUGUAUUGUCUCAAAUUUAAAGUGAAAUCACAAACUUCAGAGGAUACAAAUAGUUAUAAUAAAAGUUCUGUUUGUAAGGAAGGCUAUUAAAGAGCAAAAAGCAGUUUGAAGAAAGGAUAUACAGCGGGGACACAAAGAUUAAAGUUAAGAGCAAAUGCAUGCUCACAGCAAACUGCAAAUAUUAGGAUAGCUAUCUUAAAUGAUGCGUCUGCAGAGCAAAUACAUAAUAAUAUUUCAUCACAGAAAAAGUAGGUAAAGUGAGGUCUUUUAGAAAAGCUUUAAGAUGUAACAGUCAUUUCAUUCUAGUAAAAACUACAUCAGUAUUUCAGUUACAUCAUUUCACAACUGAAAGCAUUUAUCAACAUUAAUCUGUUUUUUUUCCUAACAUCUCUUCUGCUUUUCUUUUUUUAGGCUGGUUAUCAUUUUCUAAGCUUAGCAUCUUUUCAAUUUCAUGUAUUUGAUUUGUUAUGAGGUUCUGCCAGUUAUCCUCACCAGGUGAAGAGGCAGCCAAAUCAGUAGCAUCUUUAAUCUUGAUUUUCUGAAAAUGACCUUGGAGCAGAGUUGAUUUCAGAGGCUCUGUUUUCACCUAGGAAAGACAAAACUUCUUUUACCAUUGAAAUUAUUAUACAAAAAACUUUAAAGAAAAUCCAUUAAGCCUCUGCAGUUAUGACUGUAUGAUAAAGUCACCAUCAUCUUGGCUGAUUUCAAACAACUGCCUUAGUAAUUUUGGCACCAGAACACUAUAUAAUGUGAAUUUGCAGGCUUAUGUAGUAGCUCUUCGAAAUACCUAAUAUAUUCCAGGAAUACCACAGAUGUUUUCUAGAAGGUCUUGAGCUGAUAAAAAUCAGUUGUGUAUUCUACUACCUUCUCUUCCCAAACAUGUCUAUGCUUUGUAUCUUCUAUCAGAGCUAGGGAAAAAUUAAAAAUUCUAAUGUAAGUAAACUGCAAAAACUCCUUUCACUUCAUGUUUCCUCAUGCUUCAGAGCGCCAUUGUGGAAAAGGAACGAGCAAUGAGGUUUUGGAAGUUGGCGUGUUUUCAAGGCACUGCAUUGGGUCAUACUUAUAAUAGUGUGUCUUAAAACUUCUUCAGAAUUCUUCUUCCUGAUAAUAAAAUAUUUAUUGGGAAUUUAGGAAAUAGGGAAGUAUAAAGAAACUAAAAAUUAUUAGUAAUCCAUUACCCAGAGACCUGUCAACAUUUUGGUAUUAUUUGCUGCUGGUCUUUUUUUCCUAUUUUUAGCAUAUUUGGUGGUUCUAUAGAAUUUUAUAUCUUGCCUUUUCCUCUGUGAGCAGUUUCCCAGGUCUUUAAAAUGUCUCAUAAACAAUUGUCAGUGGAUGCAAAAUAAUCUCCUACUACUGAAUGUUUAAGUUGUUUCCAGUUUAUGCCUAUCAAAAAUAAAUUUCUGCGUUAAUUUUAUGAAAAUAUCUCUGUCUUCAAAUAGAUUCCCGGAUAAAAUAUUCUAUUCAAAGGGAAUAUUAUAUUAAAAUAGUUCUUGUGUUAUAAGGUAAAUAAAUGUGUAUUUUAGAAAUGUGGAACAGGAUAAGAAUUACAUAAAAAUCACCUAGGAUCCCAACCACCAUUAAACAUUUUGGUAUAAA